GCGCGACGAUCAACUGGCGCUAGUGAUACCAGCUAGCCAGUUAGCAUAGCUGUUAGCAUACUCCAUAGAGAUUAAAGGCAAGUUUAUGUUGCUAUGCAUUCGCACGUCAUUAUUAAAGCGUCUGCGGUCUCCAAGAAAGCAGGUGUCGAAUAUCUUGCUUCGGACACACAGCUAAAGUAACAAGUGGAUGCCAUGGUAAAAUAUAGCUGCUUGAUCCCUGGAAGAUUUCACCGGCCAGCCUGUCUCCUCUCACUGUAAAGAUGCCAGCUGUGACCCGGGAUAAAGAGGACUCCUCCUCAGAGGAUGAGCAGGAAGACCACCCUUGCAUCGCGUGGUGCGGCCUUAGCAAGACGAUCCCGGUUCUCUUGUUUUUCCCCGAAGCUGUUGUUUCAAAAGAUGGGAAUGUCUGCUCUGUUGGAGAGCGAUAUAAUAUGGCCUUCAAGAUUGUGCGCACAGAGAGCCGCCUGGUACGAGGAAUACUCACCAAUCACGGGUUCCAUGAGGUUCACCCGAACAGCAAUGACUUCAAUCUCAUGUGGACGGGCUCUCACCUCAAGCCUUACAUCCUCCGCAGCCUUCAAGACUUCCAGAGGGUCAACCACUUUCCCAGGUCGUACGAGUUGACGCGCAAAGACCGUCUCUAUAAAAACAUCCAGCGAAUGCAGCAGACGCACGGCUUCAAAAACUUCCACAUCGUCCCCCAGACCUUCGUGCUCCCAUCGGAGUACCAGGAAUUCUGCAGUUGUUUUGCCAAGGACAAGGGCCCGUGGAUAAUUAAACCAGUUGCAUCUUCAAGAGGACGCGGUAUCUACUUGGUCAGCAAUCCAAAUCAGAUUUCGAUGGACGAGAACAUCUUGGUGUCCCGCUAUAUUAACAACCCCCUGCUGAUUGACGAGUUCAAGUUUGACGUGCGCUUGUACGUGUUGGUAACGUCAUACGAUCCGCUCCUCGUCUAUGUUUAUGAGGAGGGCCUGGCCAGGUUUGCCACGGUCAAGUACGACCGCACUUCAAAGAACAUCAAGAACACAUUCAUGCACCUCACCAACUACAGUGUGAACAAAAAGAGCAGCGAUUAUGUGAGCUGCGAUGACCCCGAAGUCGAGGAUUAUGGCAACAAAUGGAGUAUGAGCGCAGUGCUGAGGUAUCUGAAGCAGGAGGGAAAGGACACCACGUUGCUGAUGAGACAGAUCGAGGACCUCAUCGUCAAGGCCGUGCUGAGCGCCGAGCUGCAGAUAGCCACCGCCUGCAAGAUGUUUGUCCCUCACAAGGCCAAUUGCUUCGAACUGUACGGUUUUGAUGUGCUCAUUGACUCCAACCUCAAACCAUGGUUGUUAGAGGUGAACCUUUCUCCCUCCCUGGCCUGUGAUGCGCCUUUGGAUCUGAAGAUAAAGGCCAGCAUGAUUGCGGACAUGUUUUCACUUGUGGGCUUUGUGUGUCAGGACCCCCUGUCGAGGCAGCCGCGCUCUGACCGAGUCACCCCGAACGCCGGCACCAAGCAACCGGCGGCCCAAAGAGCGCAGAAACCUCUCUCUGCACCGACAGCCGCCGCACACAGCAGAGCGCGACAGAGACCCUCAUCAGCCGGUAACUCGGAAACGGAGGUCGCGAAAGACAAGCACGGAGCUAAAGGCGACAGCACCCUGAGCUUGACGGCUGAGGAGAUCAAAGUGCUGAGGAGGGUCAAGGAGGAGCAUGAUAGACGAGGGGGCUUCGUCAGGAUCUUCCCCACCGAAGAUACGUGGGAGCUUUACGGUGGAUAUCUGGAGUCCAAGACAUCAAUGAACUUCAUGUUGGCGAACAGACUUUUCCAUGGAAGGAAUGUGAAUGGGAAUGUGCAGCUGCAGGUGGACACCGUCCAUAGCUGUCACGUUGUUCAGUACGAGAGGAAGCUGCUGUCUCUGGAGGCACGAAAGAGGAGACAGCGCCACCUGACUCAUCGCUCCGCUAAGGGGAAGAAAAAAUCGGGGAAGGGAUCCAGGGCCGCGGCGGCUGAGAGCGGCGGUCGGGAGGGAGAGGGGUGCGCUCGGGACGGAAGAGAGGAGGCGAAGCAGGCGCUUCGGGCGGUCUCGAACGAGGUUUUGGUAACAAAACAAGCGACCACGCCACUGGAGUGCUGCCACGGCGAGGCUCUCUCCGGCUCAGAGGCAGCCGUGCACAGUGCCCGGCCAAGAGUCAACCUGCUCAACAUCCUCCAGCAGGGGUGGGACCUCAGCAAAGUGCAGGCCCGGGUUGCUUUUUCCUCGUACCUGCAGCGAGUCCAGCAGAGACUGUUAGCGGAGAGCAGAGCCAACGCCAUCCCAGCUUGGCCAGACAAGGACAACGACCAGAUGGAGCUGGUGAUUCGCUUCCUGAAAAGAGCAGCCAGUAACCUUCAACAAGACAUAAGGGUAGUCUUGCCCAGUCGCAAGUUACCACUCCAAGACCGCAGACGCAUCCUGUCCCACCAGUUAGGGGAGUUUAUUCACUGUUACAACAAGGAAACUGAGCACAUGGUGAAAAGACAGGAGGAGAACAAAGAGGAACAUUGUGUUAACCCCAAAGUAUUUCAAGAGUACAUCGUGGCAGCGAGUGAAAGCGAUCUGGAGGAGGUGCUGACAUUCUACACGCAGAAAAAUAAAUCGGCCACCGUCUUCCUGGGAACAGAAGUCAGGUGUGUUAAGAGUGACGCCCGUGAAGUGAACGCCUCGGGAGACUCAGGCGACUGUGAGAAAUCCAAACCUCUGCCUGCGACCAAAGACGAUUCCAGCGCUUCGGAGUCCUCGCUCUCCACGGGGAAAGUCAGCAGUGACCCGGACAUCAGGGCCGCUGACGGUCAGCCUUCUGUCCGCUUGUCGUCUGAAGACCAGCAGGCGGAGGUUGGGACCGGCGAACCCCAGCCGGACGUCCAGUCUUCUCAGCACGGCUCCAGCUUUCCCCUGACGUUAGACUACACACGUGUCAAUCUGCAGCACGGCUCUCCUGCUCCGGCAUCCUUGCCUCUUCACUGCCCUCCGCCGCCGCCUCCUCCUCUGCAACCUCCGUCUUAUGCGCAGUCCUUGGCGAAGUCUCACUUCUGCCACCCCGAGGCUCUCUCGGACCCUCCCGCGUACGCCUCCGCCCCCGUGAUCACGCAGCCGCCGAGGGCGACGGGGACGGCGGCGGCGUCCGCCGGCUCCGGCGCGGCGGCGACCUCGGAGCAUCCGGCCCAGACGCUCAGAAGAAUCCAGUCCUUCACGUCACCCGCGUCCGUGUCCGGAGCCGCCUCCUCCAUCCCAAGUGCCACGCACAUCUACAGCCAGAAGCUCUCUAGACCCACGUCUGCGGGCCAAGUGAUCAGGAGGAGCGGUUCCAGUAAGCCAAACUCAGCGGGGGCUUUCAGAGAAUUGAACGCCCUGUCUGCCCAGGCCCAGGCCAAUCAGCAGGCCUUCAUCUCGGCCCUGCAGAAGCUGGCCGACAAGCAGGUUGCGCGCCACUACGCCAGCUCCGGCCACAUCAACCUGCUCACGCAACAUUUGACCAACCUGAACCUGGCCAACAGGAUGCUGAGCAGAGACAGUUUCACAAUGAACCCUAAAACUGCUGCAAAUCAAGGGCCCGUCAGAGCUGUUCACUCUGGGAGAGAUCUGCAGAGCAGCACUAGGGCGUCGAAGGAUGAGGCAGGUCUUUGGGAUGGGCAAAUGCAGAAUGCCUACAGCCUGGUGAACCCCAAACACCGCUACCAGCCCACACAAGGAAGCUACCAGCUUCAGUUUGCUAUUCAGCAACUGCAACAACAGAGACUCAAGUCUCAACAGUGUCUGGACCAGAGCCAUUGCAGACAUCAGGUUCAAUUCCCGGAGCAGAUACGUGCUCCUCACACCCAGGCACCCACAAAGUCCUCCAGCUGUCCUCCAUCCAGCUUUCAUGUUCGGCCCGGCCACAGCCACAGCCACAGCCACAUCCAGACCUGCGUCAGCCCAGUUCUCGCCCCGAAGCCGCCCAGCAGCGCCCGAGAUGGACAGACCAGGAAAACGGCAACAAAGCGCCUCAUCAAGCAGACGUCCUCGGAGAGUUCAGCCAGUGGAGCCGUGUCCAGUGGCCAGCAGGUGGUCUACGAGGCCAUCUGCGGUAAAACAGGUCUCUCCGUGUACCGCAAGCUGUUCCAGGGCCAGGAGCCGGCUCACAGAUGACACGAGGGAGACCGGAGGCACGUCCCGCCGCUCUGCAGGCCCGACAGGUGCCUCUGCAUGUAACCGCAUCUCACGGGGGCGUAUUCCGGGAAGGGACAACGGAUGAAAGUAUGCCAAACAUCGAACAGGGCCCUAUUAAUUUCUCUGUGAUACAGCCGCAGACACGCGAGAGGAUAGAGUGCCGGGCCAAGAAUGUCCAGCCCAGCUUUGACGCAGGUUGGGAUUUUGUUGCGCAGCUUCUCACCACCCCCCCAACACCCACACACCCACACACACACACACACACACACACACACACACACACCGCCUUCUCCUUGCACUUGUCGCUCUUGGCUACAAUCACUCCAUAUCCCAACAGUUGCCCACGCUCAUUCCCUCCGUGCUCCCGAUGCCACAGGAUUUCACUGACAGAUAGCCUUCAGCAGAUGGUUCUCGAGCCCCGUUGGUAUUUUAACUACACGACUCAGUGUUUUGUUGUUCCCCCGCUCAGGCAUUUGCAUGUGGCAAUACUUGGAUUGGAUUUAAAAAUAAAAAAAAUACAGGUGAGACGAGGGUUUUGGAAACUCGAGACCUCUGAUUAGCCUUUGACGGGUAUUGUUGAGGCUGCCUGCUUCUCGUCUUACGGCGGCGGGCGAGCGGCGAGCGUGCGGAGACGCUCCUUUCAUGUGUGUCUUCCAGCGUCAGACUCCGUGCUCCGCGAUGGAAGCCAAACAGUUGCCAAAAUGAGACGCCGUGCCCCGUCGCCCGAGGGCGUGUUAUAAAUACGGCGUCCCGCGCUUGUCAGCCUGAUAAGGAAUCUGUAAUUGUUAGAGCUUAAAUGUCAUAGGUUGUUGCCUUGUUUCACAUGCGCAAGGAUAAUGUAACGCUCACGCGGGGCGUGUCGGGGUGUUUCGGGGACGACGGCGCGAAAACGCGCGUGAUUCCCGUUCGGAUGUUAAUAGUUCAAUGGACCAAAUCCAAUAUUUUCAUCUUAACAAAUAAAUAAUUGUAACUUUAUUCGUAUUUAUUCCAGCUAAAGGCGUUUUUUGGACCGUUUCCGUAGCUCAAAGCAUAACAUGAAGAGGAAUUAUGGUUAUGCACCGACCUACAGUUGAAGGUCAACGCUGCACCUCCGUCCUUAUGUAUAUUCUUGAUAGUGGGUUCACUCAGGGCGUCGUUUUUUUAAUAGAAUUAAAUGUCUCUGUUUUAUGUCAGUAGAUUUACCGCACCGAUCAGCCAUACAAUUAUGACCAACAUCCUCCCUUGUGCCUCCAAAACAGUUCUGACUCAUGGGAAGGGAAGGGAAUUGAGUGGGGGGGCCUUUGGGUCCUAUGGGUUGAGGGGGUG